CCCUCUCGCAGCCGGACGGAGAGGAGUGAAUUUUAAACAAGACACGACAAUCUUGGAGGACGACAAAAAAAAACAAUAAAGGGUAUUUUACAUCUUCGGGCUUCCUGCGCUCUGGGUUGACGCUGAUCACGAUUGACUGUCACAGUUGGAGGCGGGAUGGUAUCGAUGAUGAAAUCCCUGGCCGAGACCUUCCUCUACGGAAGAGAGCACAUAGACGCAAGCUUCAGCAGUGUCGAAAUUCUCGACAGGCUUUUUACACAAGAGCUCUAUGGAAUGGAAACAAUCAACAAUGGAGGCUUAUCUCCUCCAACGCAGAAUGGCGGAGGAGGAGGGGGAGGUGGCAUCUCACAGAGAGAGUCUGUGCAAGUUACACAGCCGGCGUCUGCCCCUACGUCGCCUCUAGCUUCGCCCAACCCUGCAACUUCUAAUGCCUCUUCGUCUACGCCUUCGACUACUUUCGUACUGCCCCCUAUCGCCGAUGACGCUGAGGCCGAAUUGUCGACACUCGACCCAAACUGGCAGGCUGCUAAACCAACAGUCAGAGAAAGAAAUGCGGCCAUGUUCAACAACGAGCUCAUGGCUGAUAUUACUUUCGUUGUCGGAUCUACUGGUCAUACUCAGAGGAUCCCAGCACACAAAUAUGUCUUAGCAACGGGGAGCUCAGUCUUCUAUGCCAUGUUCUAUGGUGGACUGGCAGAGAAUAAGGAACAAAUCGAAGUACCUGACGUCGAACCUUUAGCUUUCCUUACCAUGCUCAAAUAUCUCUACUGUGAUGAAAUUUGCCUAGAAGCCGACACGGUGCUCGCCACUCUGUAUGCAGCCAAGAAGUAUAUAAUACCACAUCUGGCGAGGGCCUGCGUCGCUUAUUUGGAAACAUCAUUGACGGCCAAAAAUGCCUGUCUCCUUCUUUCACAAUCACGGCUCUUCGAGGAACCGGACCUAAUGUCCAGGUGCUGGGAAGUCAUCGACGCACAGGCUGAGAUGGCACUCAGAUCGGAUGGGUUUUGUGAUAUCGAUUCAAGGACUUUUGCAUCGGUAUUAUCGAGAGAGACUCUCAACUGUAAGGAAACCCAUCUUUUUGAAGCAGCUUUGGCUUGGGCAGGUGCCGAAUGCCUUAGACGGGACAUACCCCCUACGCCAGCAAACAGAAGGUCGGCUCUGGGCGAAUCUUUGAGGCUCGUCAGGAUCCCGACAAUGAGCCUGGACGAGUUUGCAAACGGGCCAGCACAAUCAGGUAUUCUCACCAAAGAGGAAACCAUCGACAUAUUUCUGCAUUUUACUGCGCAAACUAAACCCACACUUCAGUUUCCCAUUAAGCCUAGGGCCGGCCUAAAAGCACAGGUCUGUCACAGGUUCCAGUCAUGUGCUUACAGAAGCAACCAGUGGAGAUACAGAGGAAGGUGUGAUUCAAUUCAAUUCAGCGUUGAUAAACGAAUAUUCAUUGUUGGAUUCGGUCUCUAUGGGUCGUCAAACGGAGCAGCUGAUUACUCCGUUCGAAUAGAGUUGAAACGUCUCGGGCGUGUAUUGGCUCUGAAUGAGACAAAGUUUUUUUCUGACGGCUCCUCUAAUACUUUCCACGUUUACUUCGAGCACCCUGUUCAAAUCGAGCCUGACACACAUUACACCGCUUCUGCAGUAUUGGACGGCAGCGAAUUGAGCUACUUUGGGCAGGAAGGCCUUUCAGAUGUUACGGCUUCACAAGUGACUUUUCAGUUUCAAUGUUCUUCUGAAUCAACUAAUGGCACUGGUGUGCAAGGAGGGCAAAUACCUGAUCUUAUAUUUUAUGGCCCGACACAGCUGCCUGUAGAAGAGACUCCACAAAACUGAGAACGAUUGCUAAUAUUGUUUUUAUCUUAGAUAAAACCAGCCAGCAAGAACUUAUACAAGUUUACAAUAUUUGACUGGCUUUUUAUUCAUUAAUUCUAAAAUUUUAAUAAUUUUACAGACAAAAAAUAUGAAUUUUAGAGAAAAAAGAAACAAUUAUUGUUAUUCUAAUAUUUAAAUAAGAAAAAAAAGAGCUUUCGAUAUUCAAAUUGUAGACUUUUAAAAAUAAUUAGAUUACAGUAAUGAAAAAGACAAGGGUGACAAAUGAAAGAAAAAAUCUAGAACACAUGACAUACUUAAAAAGUGUAGCAUUGUAGAUGAUAUUGUAUAUUUUUUAGAAUGGAUACAAUUUUGACUAUAGCCUAUGGCCAUUGGUAAGGGAGAAAUUGUGAUAAUUUUUCUCAGUGAUUUUAAUCGGAACUAGAGAAAGAAAAAAUUAUAAAAUUUAGACUGUGUGUGAUAUAUUUCCAUGACGAGGAAUUUGUAUAAAACUUCUAGUCUUUCCUCUUAUAAAAGUUUUCUGUUUUUACAUUUUAAAUAUGUACUUAAACAUUGAUUGACACUGUAAAUAAAAACUGUUUCAUGUUAAGUU